AUGUACGAUCCAAAUGCACCUAUAUCUGUGUUCUUCAUUGUUGAACUUGAUCUAAAAGACAAAAUCAUCAAUCAGAAUCAUGAAGAUAUAGAUAUGUUGAAAAAAACUGAUAGAAAAGAAUAUACUCGAAAAGCUUUAUCAAAACUGGUUACUAUUCUCAAACAACUCUCUCCCUCAGCUUCAUCUCACACUAGGACUACUUCAGUUCAUGUUGACAAGUCUCACACUGAAAAGCUUCAAGCUAAGAAAUUUCGCACUACCAAGAAGUCUCAUAUUGUCAGGACUUCACACGUUCACAAAUCAGUUCACACUGAUAAGUUUGUUCAAGUUGGCAAGACUUUUGAAAGUGUUAAGCUAUCUCAAGUUGUAAAGACUUCAUCUCACCAUGUCAAGACUCAAGCUCCAGCUUCUUACAAGGCAAAGCAAUCAAAGAAAAGAAAGUAG